UUUUCAAAGCUCGUUAACGGCGGUUGUCGUGGAGUCGCCUCCCUGAACACAACAACAACAACCAUCACCACCACCUCCUCCUCCUCCUCCUCCUCCUCUCUGCCGCCAAUAGGUAACAUUUACCGGGGAUGUCCGGACGGAGCGUCGGCCCGCUGGCGUUCGCAGCGAUCUGAAGCCAAGAGCCGGAUGGAUCCACUGGAUUUCUCCGAGGAGGAGAUCCAGCAGCAGCUGCUUCUCCUCGGCUACAAGAACGUCCCGAAGGCGAGGCUGCUGGAGCUGAAACGAGAUCUGGAUGAGCUGAUCCGGCAUGGAGAGUGGAGGAGUGUGUCCCUGUCUCCUCAGACGUCCCCUGGGCCGAGCCCCCCCGCCUUCACCAAAGAGAAAGUCCGUCCCUCUGAGGCCUUCGUUCUUCAUGCAGCGCCGUGCGGAGACGGACAGCCGCUCCUCACACACCCGUGCAGAGACGAGCGUCCUCCCGGUGACUCCUACGCCCGCCACUCGGUGGCGCCGGCGCAGCGGCUCGCCGCCGGAGCGCCGUGUCUCCUGACGGUGGAGGACGACCCCGACACCCUGUCCCACAGCCCCACAACGUCCCUGCACUCCCAGGAGAGACGCUUCAUCAGGAGGAAGGUCAUGAGGAAGCUGAAGGGACAGAGACACGUCUGUGAUGAGUCCGUCUACAGUGAGGACUCAGACGGGCUGAGCUGUCUGGAGCAGCGUCUGGCCCAGAUCCAGGUCUCUCCAUCAGAACCGGACCGGGAGACGGACGGCGGCGCCGACUCAGAUGGCGGCUCUGACAGAACCGCAUCCAGCGCCGCCGAGUCCUGUCUGAGCAGCCUGACUGGAACCGGGACUGACGGCGACCUUCGACCCCAACCUAAGUCCUUCAUCCGGCCGGCGGUCGGGCCCCCAGUGAGGAAGAGCGACCCGGUGGCCAGGUAUUUCCAGUACAAGCAGAUCUGGGACAUGUUCAAGUGUCCAGGAGAGGUGGACCGGCGGGCGCUGCGCUGGGAGAUCAAGGAGCGUCUGGCGUACCAGCCCCCCCCGCCCCGACCCCGCAGAGUCUACGUGCCCAACACGUACGUGGUGCCGACGGAGAAGAAGCGCUCAGCGCUGCGCUGGGCGGUCCGGACCGAGCUGGCCGCCGCGCCGCAGCCCUGCAGGGCCAGCGGACGCUUCUAGAAACACGCCGGGGGAUUUUAUACACAACGCUUUUAUUAAUGUACAACUGAGUGAACAAAUAAAGACUUCAGAAAACUUCG